AUGGGCGCAGACAUCUUGGAUCCUCACGGGCCUCUUCAACACCGAGCUCUUGGAUUGGUCGAGCUCCCAGCUGCGGAAAUUAUCUCUGCACGCGAUUGGUUGGCUCUCCGGGCCGCAGCGGCGCGCAGACAGGCAAGGAGACCGGGGCUGGGGUCGCGUCGGGACUGGAUUCCAGACUGCCGCCGAGGGAGAGCAAUUGCAGUUUGCUCGCCCCGCCGAGGGCUCCCUGCUUGUGCCGCCGCCGCCUGCUACUGGAGAAGCAAAGUUAUCCCAAAGAGGCCAUUUAGAGAGAUUAGUACUACGCCUGUGAGAAGCACUGUUAUGCCCGCGUGGGUGAUAGAUAAAUAUGGAAAGAAUGACGUUCUUCGGUUCACACAGGACAUGAUGUUACCUAUCAUACACUAUCCAAACGAAGUCAUUAUCAAAGUCCAUGCUGCCAGUGUAAAUCCUAUAGAUGUUAAUAUGAGAAGUGGUUAUGGAGCGACGGCCUUAAAUAUGAAGCGUGAUCCUUUGCAUAUAAGAACCACAGGAGAAGAGUUUCCUCUGACUCUGGGUCGGGAUGUGUCUGGUGUGGUGAUGGAGUGUGGGCUUGAUGUAAAGUAUUUCCAGCCUGGAGAUGAGGUCUGGGCUGCAGUUCCUCCUUGGAAACAAGGCACUUUGUCAGAAUUUGUCGUGGUCAGUGGGAAUGAGGUCUCGCACAAGCCCAAAUCACUCACUCAUACUCAGGCUGCCUCUUUGCCGUAUGUGGCUCUCACAGCCUGGUCUGCCAUAAACAAGGUUGGUGGCCUGAAUGCCAAGAAUUGCAUGGGAAAACGCACUUUAAUCUUGGGUGCAUCAGGUGGAGUUGGUACUUUUGCGAUACAGAUAAUGAAAGCAUGGGGUGCUCAUGUGACAGCAGUUUGUUCUCAAGAUGCCAGUGAACUUGUAAGGAGGCUCGGAGCAGACGAGGUCGUUGAUUACACCCUGGGAAGCGUGGAAGAGCAGUUGAAAUCUUUAAAACUGUUUGACUUUAUCCUUGAUAAUGUUGGUGGAUCUACUGAAACAUGGGCUCUAAAUUUUCUCAAGAAGUGGUCAGGAGCCACCUAUGUGACGCUGGUGACUCCUUUUCUCCUGAACAUGGACCAACUGGGCAUUGCUGAUGGCAUGUUGCAGACAGGAGUUACCAUGGGUACCAAGACCUUGAAGCAUUUCUGGCAAGGAGUUCAUUACCGCUGGGCCUUCUUCAUGGCCAGUGGUCCAUAUCUAGAUAAAAUUGCAGAACUGGUGGACGCGGGAAAGAUUCAGCCAGUUAUUGAACAAACCUUCCCCUUUUCUGAAGUCCCAGAAGCCUUCCUGAAGGUGGAAAGAGGCCACGCCCGGGGAAAGACUGUGGUUAGCGUUAUUUAAAUAAACAUGUGCUUGUCAGGGGUUGCUGCUGUCUCCUCACUGAGUGCCUGUGAUCCAGACAUCUAGCCCCCAUAGAUACUUUUCCAAGUUAGAUUUUAAGUUUCAUGAUGUGUUUCUAAACCUAAUAUGGGCCGGUGAGACAGCUCAGCAGGUACAGGUGCUGGUAGUGCAAGCGGAGCUCCCUGAGACCCACAUGAAGGAGGGAGGGGAGGAAAGAACUAGCUCCACAGAAUUGCUUUCUGACCCCCUCCCAACUCCACACAUGUACCUCUGCAAUGAUAAUGGAAAUAAAUGUUUGUUUUUCUGUUGUG